AGCAUAAUGAAGCGAAUGGGCCCCAGACUACUUUCCGAACAACCUCGACCGGCCCAAACUCCUAGACGAGGCCCAGUAAGUAACCCGGUCCGGUUCUUUUCCUACAACUCUGGGAGACUUGGCCACAGAGGUCGUGAAGAAGCUCCAAACUCUCUCCGAUCACUUUCCCUCUCUUUCCACUUCGUGGUAGUCAGCCGGAACUGGGACUGGGUUUCCAAAAUGCUGGCUCGGCUCGCCGCAAGCCGUUUCCUUGAGAUCCGUCAAGUUUUCCGUCAGCCUUCGCGAUCCUUCUCCACUGCCUUAAAUUACCAUCUUGAUUCGCCGGACAACAAACCUGACCUUCCGUGGGAGUUCUCCGCAGCUAAUAAAGAGAAGGUUAAGGAGAUAUUGUCACACUAUCCAUCCAACUACAAGCAAUCUGCUGUUAUUCCUCUGCUAGAUCUUGCACAGCAGCAGCAUGGGGGAUGGCUUCCUGUCUCAGCAAUGAAUGCAGUAGCUAAGAUUAUAGAAGUUGCUCCUAUCCGCGUAUAUGAAGUUGCAACAUUCUAUUCGAUGUUUAAUCGGUCAAAGGUGGGAAAGUACCACCUUUUGGUUUGUGGCACAACACCAUGCAUGAUUCGUGGUUCACGAGAAAUUGAGGAUGCUUUACUGAAACAUCUAGGAGUGAAGCGGAAUGAAGUAACAAAGGAUGGAUUGUUCUCUGUUGGAGAAAUGGAAUGCAUGGGAUGCUGUGUAAAUGCUCCCAUGAUCACAGUGGCAGACUACUCCAAUGGAUCUGAAGGAUAUACCUAUAAUUACUAUGAAGAUGUUACACCAAAGCGAGUUGUAGAGAUAGUUGAGUUGUUAAGAAAGGGGGAGAAGCUACCGCCUGGCACUCAAAAUCCAGGUCGAAUUAAGAGUGGACCAGAAGGAGGAAACACUACUUUGCUAAGUGAGCCCAAACCCCCUCCAUGCCGUGAUCUUGAUGCAUGCUAAAAAUUUGUGGUAUUUGUUGUCUUUAAUAAUGUUAAGCUUGGAUGUUCUCAGGCUUCCCUCUGUUGUCAGCAAUGUUAAAUAUGUUUAAUGGUCAACCAUUUUUGUUAUAUCUCUGGCACUAUUGUGUCUGCUAGAUGUUCCAUACAAUUCUAUCUUGUUUCCAAUUAUGCUCUGGCUAGAACUAUACUGAUUUUAAGUAUGUUUUUAUGGACAUUAUAAGAUUGCUGAGCAUUUUCAAA